UGGUAAUAAGCCUUUUCUUUGUUCGCCGUUCACUACUGUCCGGGGCUUUGAACUUUGAUCUCACUAUCUGUUCCUCGCUCGCGUUCCCGCUUUCUUGGUCGCCGACUCGCCGUCGCACCUCUUGUCGGUCUCCUCAAUCGCCAUUGUUUGCACUGUUCUCCGGUUGGCGAAACGAAGCAAUUUCGUCUUCUGUAGGUAUUUCAUUGCAGGGAAGUCGAGGGCUUCCUCGCAUCCUGAUCUGCUGUCUUUCACUUUCUUCUACUAAAGCCACCAAACGAUCACCUCCGCUAGAAGUACGUUUUCCCUCUCUCUGUUCUCUCUUCCUUAGAUUCCAAAACUGGAGAGUAAAAGGAAAUGCGAGCUUCCUGAAUCCGAAAGCUAACAGUGGUAUCAUUAGCAGUAGAUUUGAUUCAGGUAGACGAUAGAUCUCCCUGAUUGUGUUCCGAGAUUCCCCGCCUUUGAAUUGUUCGAACUCUCUCUCCUAGAACUAGAAAUUAAGUAAUUAACUAUCUGAAAGUUUGAGUUCAUUCAUUUUGGUUGGUUGAACUUUGAAGGGAUAUGGCGACCACUGCGUCAUUUAUCAUCGUGAGCCGGAAUGACAUCCCGAUAUAUGAAGCUGAAGUUGGAUCUGCUACUAAAAGAGAGGAUGCAGCUCAGUUGCAUCAAUUUGUACUACAUGCAGCGUUAGAUAUUGUUCAGGACCUCGCUUGGACCACUAGUGCCAUGUUCUUGAAAAACAUUGACAGGUUCAACGACCUGGUGGUAUCGGUGUAUGUUACAGCUGGUCAUAUCCUUUUUAUAUAUUGAUUCCCUUUAUCAUCGCCGUUGCUAGUAUCUUAAGUAGUAGUUAUUCGCAAGGAUUAACUAGGCAAAGCAGGGAUAACUUUGUCUGCACAUAAUAUAACCCUGACUUAGUAGUUUCCUUGGUUGGUUAAAGUUUCAUGCUAGCAUGUACAGUAUACCUCUUCAUUUGUGGUGACUACCAGGAUCUGCACAUUAGAAUUUCACACUUGUUAAUGGUGACUACCGUAAUCUGUGCAUCAGCAUUUUAGAGUCUCUAAACAUGCAUACCACUCGAUCUGUAGUCCAAAGCACAAUCUAAUCUGUGCUGCUCGUGGAUAGAUAAGUCAGUAAGAUGCAUUACACUUAAAGCAUUCAGUAUCAGGUAUUUCCUUGACAUUUUCAAACAUACACGAUUGAUGCUACUUCAUGACUCCCGCAAUGAUGAUGGGAUUAAGAGCUUUUUUCAGGAGGUGCAUGAACUUUAUAUAAAGGUAAACUUGUUCUGACUUGGAUGCUCUGUUCAUGUGUUGGUUUUUCAGUUGUCAACUGUGAAAAAACUAGCUAGGUCUGUUAGUUGAGAUGAACUGAAACGUUGGACUUACGAAGAUGGGGGAGGGUAAAAUGUGUUAUAGGUUCUGACGACAUAUGUUCACAAACAUCUCAUAGAUUUCAAGAACCAUAUUUUGGCUGCUAUUAGUUGCUCACCUAGAUUCAUCGGAGAUUUAAAAGCAUGACCCUGAAGUAAAGAUUAUUACUCUAUUUUGAUAGCAAUUUAGAAGCCAUACCUAUAAUAUGACGCAGUUUGUUAACUUU